AGGAAGAGAAGUGGCGCUGUGAGAGAAGAGAGAGCAGAGUUAUCAAAACCCACACAGUCUUCAUGUCCUGUGUCAGUGUUCGGUGAAAGGUGAUGAUUCUGACCGAAUCAUCUUCAGCUGGGGUGGAUGGACUAACUGCUGGAUGACAACACGAACACGGUCUGUUGUGAGCUGCUGGUUCAUCAGUAAAGGACUAGAUGGAGGAGGCAGCAGAGACUGCACAGCUGAGGCAACCAAAAGUUCAGGAUGGUGGUACCCCAGUCCGGCACUUAGAAACCAAGCGUUACAGUGAGAUUUUACGUGAUUUUGACGCUAACUUGGAUCUGUCAUUAACAUGCUCGACUGUGGAUGAGCUGCUACAAGAAGCAGACUCACUGUCUUUAACAGACACUUCAGCAGACACCACACUGAACGCUGAUCUGGAUGAUAUUACAGGUGAAGAUGUGGAGUCGUUGAAGAUCUGCCGUGAGGAGGAGGAAAAAGACGGAGCCGUAACCGCCCAGGAUGCCGACCUGACCCUGUGUCGCUGCGAGGGUGGCGUGGAGCUCGCCCUGCAGUACGCCAAAAUGUGGUGCCGUUACGCCAAAGACCUGCUGACCUGGAUGGACAAAAGAAUCAGCCUGGAGCAAGAGUUUGCAAAAAGUAUUAUGAGAGCGGCAGAUGCGGCCAAGUCAUGUGUUUCUCAACAGGACAUGAUGCCUCUGCAGAGCAUCUACACACAGGUGCUAGAACACGAUCUGAAAAGCAGCACAUCAGCCAAACAAACUGCUGAACUCAUUCAACAGCGCUGCUACCAGGCUCUCUCGGCCAAGAAGAAUGAAAUCGACAAGUGGCGACGGGAAUUCAAAGAGCAGUGGUCAAAAGAACAGAAGAGGAUGAAUGAUGCUGUGUCUGCGCUGAAGAGAGCAAGACAGCAAUACCUGCAGCGCUGUGAGGAGCUGGAGAAGGCCAAAGCCAUGACGGCCAAAGCUGAAGAGGACACGGGGGGUUACAAGACCCUGGAUAGGAGGAGGAAGUCCAGAGAUGACGCCCAAGCUAAGGUUACAGAGACUGAGAUACUGUACAGGCAGUGUGUGAGUGAAGCAAACAACCAUCAGAAAGAGCUGGAGAAGGUGAAGCGCAAAAUCAUCAUCCACAUUCGCAAGCUCAUCUGUCAAGGAGACACUGUGCUAAAAGAGGCAACGGUGAACAUGUUUUAUUACCAGCGGCAGCAGACUGAGCAGGUUCCUCUGGGCUACCAGAACUUAGAGCUGACCUGCAGGCCCUGUGAACCAGGUGAACCCUACCUGCAAUACAUCCUGGGAAAGCACCUGGCCGAACCGCCUCUCCAGAACUUCACAUUUCAGGAGUUCAUGCCUCAAAACAAGAGAUCCCCACCAACAGGUCGACGUAAACAAAGCGCUGCUCCAAGUUACCAACAAGAUUCAUAUGCGCUACCAGAGGAACUGAAACACAGCAGCAGUUUAGCAGAUGGACGACGUCCCGGCCACAGUGACAGGGACAGCACUGGAGGAAGUCUUGAAUCACUGUCCAGUCCAGCUCACGGGAACCGUAAGCUGCCCAAGGCCUCCUCCACGGGAACCAUGUCUUCAGAUGAUCUUGAUGAGAAAGACACUCUGCAAGAAGCAGAGAGCGAAGAGGGUUUGUCUGAUAGCAAUGGAAUGACAUGCAAACCACGAAAUGCGUCACGUGCCGCACUGACCCACAGACUGAAAAAAAUGAAGAGCAAGAUGGUCAAGUGUAAGCAAUGUGACAAUUACAUCUUGGUCAACGGGAUCGAGUGCGAAGAGUGUGGCCUUGCAGUCCACAGGAAGUGCCUGGAGGUGUGCCAGAUGGAGUGUGAGCACAGGAGAGGCUUCAUCUUUGGGAUGGAGAUCUCCCUUCUGCCCAGAGAGAGCCAAGACUCUGUGCCCUUCGUUGUCCUGCGCUGCACUGAAGAGAUUGAGAGCAGGGCUCUCGGAGUCCAGGGAGUUUACAGAAUCAGUGGAUCCAAACCUCGCAUUCUGAAGUUAUGUCAGGCCUUUGAAAUCCAGAAAGACCAAGUUGACCUUGGUGACCUCUCACCGCAUGACAUCACCUCCGUACUCAAGCAUUUCUUCAAAGAGCUUCCGGAGCCUUUACUCACCUUUGACCUUUACAACGACUUCAUCAAUGUGGGUAAGGAGAUUCAGAGGCUUAGUGAAAAGGACCAUGUUGCCGAGACUGCUGGGAUUGUGGAGAGUAUUGUGGUCAAACUCAGAGAGCUCAUCGGACGACUGCCUUUGUGUAACUACAACGCAGUGCAGCACAUGAUAGCCCACUUGACCAGGGUUGCAGAACAUUUUGAAGACAACAAGAUGUCUCCAGGAAACCUGGGCAUUGUGUUUGGCCCCACUCUCCUGCGGCCCCUAGUGUCAGGAGACGUGUCGAUGAUCGCUCUACUGGAAACCAGCUAUCAGGCUCUUCUCGUGGAGUUCAUGAUCUCACACUAUGACCAAGUAUUUGGUCCCGCAACAAGAUCCAGCACGCCUCCCACGGCCCCCCUCCCAGACACCCCUCCCAGAGCCUCAUGUCCCUUGUCUCCUGCCAGCAGUUCCUCUCAGGACCCUGAAGCCUCAGCCAGGGAACGUCCACGCUCACUGGAGGUAGGCAAUAAGAACUCGACUUCACGCAAUCAGCAGCUCCACACCAAGUCAAAUAAACACAGGCCGUGCUUUAAGCUGGCUGUUGUCAUGACGAUGCUAAAAGCUCACCUCAGGUGGACGUGCUCAUGCAGGCGACAGAGUUCAUCUUGA